CGGGCGGCGCGCGGCGGGCCGACCAUGGCGGCGCAGUUCCGCAGCUACGUGUGGGACCCCGCGCUGAUCGUGGCACAGAUGGUGCUGCUGCAGGCGGGCUACUACAGCUCGCUCGGGCUCUGGCUCGCCCUCCUCGGCACCCUGGGCAGCACCGGGCCCUCCCUCCAGCAGGUCUUCAGCGACGAGAUUUUAGGCUUCUCAACCCCGCCGGGGAGGCUCUCCAUGAUGGCUUUCAUCCUCAAUGCACUCACCUGCGCCCUGGCCUUGCUGUACUUCAUCCGCCGCGGGAAGCAGUGCCUGGAUUUCACGGUCACGGUGCACUUCUUCCACCUCCUGGGCUGCUGGAUCUACAACUCGCGCUUCCCGUCUUCGCUGACGUGGUGGCUGGUGCACGUGGUGUGCACGGCGCUGAUGGCGGCCAUCGGGGAGUACCUGUGCAUGCGGAUAGAGCUGCGGGAGAUCCCCCUCAACUCCGCCCCCAAGUCCAACGUAUAGACUCGCCCAACGACAGACACUGCCGUUGUCUGCAGCACAAUGCAUCCGACAUGCCUCAGAAUCAUCCCUGAAGAAGCACAGCAGGUCUGUUGAGACUUUGUUAUUAAUUUUCUUUUUUUUCCCUCCCCGGACCUCGGUGGCUGCAUGAGUGUGAGCAUCUCCUCUGGCAUCAGCUGGCAGCGGGGGAGGAGCAGAUGUUUAUUUUGCUAACACGAAGCAUUAAUGUGACUGUAUGGAGAGUGUGCCCUUCAACUCUUCGCUCAAGAGACUGUUAAAAGCCAGGUAGCAAAACUUGGUGCGUGAGGAGCAUUUGGAAUCUAACGAUGUGGGAGUGCCCUGUGUGGGGAACACGAUGGUCAGCUCUUCUUGCGGGAGCUGGCACGGUGAGCAGUGGGGCUGGGAGCUGCUGCUUCCAAUCUGUGACUGAUUUGGGCUUUGGUUGGGAGAGGAGUCAAAGAAGUGAAUGGAUGGGGAAAAGGAAAAUAGUUGUACUUACCUGAAUCACCAGCUGAGUCACUAAAUAACCUAUAACGUUAGAUGGGUUUGUUUGCUGUUUCCAUGUUUGAUACAUAGAGGUGACAGAGGGCAGUUUGCUGAAGAAACCUUUUGUAAUAAUAAAAACAUUAUGUUGCUGUG